AUGGAAAUGUCAACGAUAAUGUUCAAAUGGAGAUGUGCAUUGUCUCGGGAAGGUAUUGCGACCACGAACUUGCGCUUUUCACAAUUGCACGAAUCAUUGUACUACGAUAAACAAAUAGUACGACCGUUUUAUAUCGUGAUGAUUUCUAAUUACAACGCGAUAAAGGAAUUCUCUUUAUCAACAAGUAUUUUUGACAUGUCUUCAGCUAUAUGGCUAGUGAUAUUUCUGUACAAGGAAGAUAACACCGAUUAUUGUCACAGUCCACCAGGUAAUAUAUUUCAUUUAAAAUUCAACUCUGAAAUGUUGGUCUUAUGCAGUACUGAAAAUACAUUACGAGAAUGGUAUUCGAUCAAUACCAAUCGAACUGAGAUCAAUGAUGUAGCUACAUGGAGCUUAGAAAGAGGAAUUACUAAAAUAGUUUCAAAUUCUCUUUACGAAAGAAGACAUAAUUUACACGGUCUGAUCAUGAGAGCUGUUGUAGUGAAGGAUUCACUAUUCGUAAAUGUAAAGAAAAAUGGCGAAUUAGAUGGUAUAUAUGGAGAAAUAUUCAAAGAACUUUCUGUCAAUCUCAAUUUUAGUUUCGACAUUGUUUCGGAAGUAAACGAACAUGGAAGAUGGAAUCCAAGAACAAAAACUUGGUCUGGUGCAAUUGCAGAAUUAUAUUAUGGACGUGCUGACAUUUCUCUUUCAGAGUUUUCCAUGACCAAUGCCAGAUUAAAUGCCGUUGACUUCACGCUUCCUAUUUUAAACUCCAAAGAUUGUCUCUUCUUUAAAAAUCCAAAAAUAUUCGCAAUUAAAUGGUCGUCUUAUUUUCUAACUUUCAAUUAUUCUGUUUGGAUCGCUAUGUUUGGAGUACUAAUUCUUACAUCGAUUUUAUUGAUUUUUCUCAAAAGAAAAAAUGGAACCUGUAGUAAAAUAAGACAUUCAUUCUCCGAUAAUUUCUUGGAAAUUUGGGGUAUAUUUUGUCAACAAGGAAUCGCAGAAUCUUCUGAUAGAUUUUCAAUACGAAUAGCGUACUUCUCUGUAUUUUUUUUGAUUACCGUCAUAUCGGCUGCCUAUUCUGCGGCUUUAAUAAGCUUUUUGACGACCAUAAGCCACGUCUUACCCUUUGAUUCAUUAGAAAGCUUCGUUCAAGAUGGUACUUAUCAACUUGCUGUCUUUCGUGGUACGGCAUAUUAUGAUAAAUUUGCAAAUUCGCAAGAUCUGCUUGCAAAAAAGUUGAUGAAGUUGAUGCUAGAAGAGAACAAAUUACCCUCAACACCAUUAGAAGGAUUUACAAGUAUUUGUAAAAAUCAGAAGCUUGCAAUCUUCACAUUUGAUGAAGUGAUAAAAUCAAUAGAUCCGAAAAUACCAUGCAAUGUGGUUCGUGUUGAGACAGGACAUAUAAACAAUAUAGCUAUAAUUUUAUCCAAGCACAAUCCAUUUACCGGUGUCAUUAAUUUUCAGUUGCAGAAAUUUUUCGAGAAUGGUAUGGUGAAUCGUUUAAAAAAUUCACCAUUUAAUAAGAAAUCCAAUGAUAUGGUCAAGCAUCAACCAGUUCCUCUAAUUGGCACAAGUGCAUGUGAUCUGCGGAAGGAUGAAUUCAAUUCUCAAACAAUUGUAUUUUCAAUGUAA